CUGCAAACAGAGCUCAGAUUCGCAGAGAUAAUAAUAAUUACACCCGGUCCUUGCAGAGUGAACCCCGGGUCGCUGUUGUCAGUUGCUGCUCUGGAUGAUCUCCUCUUAUCUCUUCCGGAUCUGGACUCUUUUUAUUUUAUUUGCUUUUUGUGUCUUUUUCGGAGAGCUUCACCCCCCCUCGUCCCUGCUUUUUUUGCGUUGUACGUGCUUGAGCACAGGCGGUGUUUUAACUGCCCGACAGCCCGACACCACGCUCAGCGAUCUUCACUUCCUCAAAUCGACUGUCGGAUAAUCGGCCUGGCGAGUGCCACCUGUCUCCCGGUGAAAUCGCUUGAAGGUGGACACAUUCCAGCUGAGGCACAACAGAACUAGGUCUGAGUCUGGAGUCCCACAAGCAGCUGCAAUGCUUAGGGUUACAAACCUGGACAGCAGGCUCCACAGGCACCAUUGUCCCAGAUAGAUCUGAGGUGAAAAGCCCACCGUCACAUUACCUGAAUGGUGCUAGUGUGCUUAAAACUGAAGAGAAUGAAGAGAAGAUAAUAUGAAGAACAGAAGUUUGGUGGAAAAGUAACCCUGAUGAAAAAGACCCAUUGAAACUUCCGUCAACUGACACAAUGGCAAACAAGAAUUGAGUGAAAACCCUCCUUUUGGACAAAAACAGAUUAUAACAUUUCUUGCAUGAUUUUAAAACUCAUUUAGCAUGAAAAAUAUUUUACAUUUGACCUCUUAAAACUAAAUAAAUUAUACAGCGGCACACAGAUAGAUUGAGCCAAUGAUUCAUCGACAGUGCCAGAUGAAGAUGGAUAAAUGCUGUUGCAUCCAGUAACUGGAGAGUUGCUGUGUAAGCAGCUUGAUCUCUGGAUGAUUGAAGGCAGAUCGCAUUUUAACUGACCGGCAAAGACGAGCCAGAAAUCCCUAGAUGUGCAACUGCAGAUAGCAGCAGAUUGGGCUUUUUUCGAGUUUGUGAAAGGCCAGAUAGAAGGUGUAGUUCGGUUUGUGCAAUGAAUCGCAGAGACGGAGUGGAGGUGAUGGCGGCCCAGGCCGUAGGGAAGGAGAAGCUGGUUGGGGAACAGCUCAGGAACGAGGCCGAUGGCGCCGACGACGACAAAAUCCCCGGGGCCUACGACUGCAACGUCUGUGGCCGCAGCUUCCCUUUCCUCAGCUCCCUGUCGCAGCACAUGAGACGCCACACCGGCGCCCGCCCUUACAAGUGCCCCUACUGUGACCACAGGGCCUCUCAGAAGGGCAACCUCAAAGUUCACAUCCGCAGCCACAAACUGGGCACGCUCUCCAGCCACCACUCCAAUGACGACGAAGAGGGUGCUGCCGAGGAGGAGGAGAUGAGCGUUUCCGAGGGCCUCGACGGAGGGACGAGCCCAACGAAGAGCAGCUCGGCCUGUAACCGGAUGAUCAACGGGGACAGCGGCGAGGAGGGUCGGAGGAAAGUGCCUGGGAGGAGCCUGAAAAGAGAGAAGCUCGUGACCGACCAGAGGCCUUACUGCUGCCGCUUGUGCGGCUACGAGGCCCAUCGAGAAGACCAGCUCCUCAGCCAUAUUGAAAAGGUCCACAUAACGGCAGACACCGAGGAGGAGGCCACUGUUAAGGAAGAGGCUGUGCCCGAACCCGACGUCGCCCCGCCCCAGAGCGACGGGACCUUCCCAUGUGAGACCUGUGGCCAGGUCUUUACCCAGGCUUGGUUUCUUAAGUCGCACAUGAAGAAACAUGCAGGGAUCCUGGACCACUGUUGUCGUAUUUGCGGCAGGCGGUUCCGCGAGGCUUGGUUCCUCAAAUCGCACAUGAAAACCCACAACACCAAGUCCAGGUCACGGUCAAAAGCAGAACUCGCUGAGCCUCCCGCCACCAUCAACGACGUAGCCCAGGAUCCUGAAAUGGCCACUGGCUCUAUCACAUGCAUCUAUCAAAUGUGUUCCAAAUGUGGGAACCUGUUCCACAGCCGGGAGAGUCUGAGGGCCCACGAGAGAAUCCACAAUCUCGGCUAUGGCAAGAAAUCCCAGAGCCAAUGCAGCCUCAGUGACGAUGAGGAGGCACCGGCUGCUAAGAGAAGUUUCCUUGACUACUUAAACCUCAAGCCUGUCGAGGAAAAGGCCCUGUGUGAAGACGAGGAGAGUGAAAAGGACAUGCUAGGUCAACGAAUCCCAGAGCUGGAUCCAGUUUGCAGCUACCAGGCCUGGCAAUUAGCUACUAAAGGAAGGGUUGUUGAGCCAGUGGAGCAGAGUUACAAAGCCUCCUAUGGGGGAGGAAGUAUGGGGGAGGAGGCCCUCGCUGGUGCUGCUGUGGUUUUUGAAAAGGAGAGCAGCCGGUAUGUCCUGCAAAGUCGAGGUAAGCGCAGCUCAGGCCGCCGCAGCAGCUCCGGUUUGGGAAGCCAUGCUUCCUCCGGGGACCGGACACCAGAGAGCCUCAGCGACUCCGAGUACCGGCCCUCGUCCCGCCAGGACCGACGGCGACCAUCGUCCUCCAAGUCCAACGAGUGCUUCGAGUGCGGGAAGGUGUUCCGCAGUCGCCACCAGAUGACCGUCCACCAGCGGGUCCACAGGAAGGACGGAGGUCGGGCAUCUGUCGGGGACAAGGACAGAACUACAAGAGACGACCGAUGGGGCUCCACCAGUGAUCCAGAGUCGGGCUCCCCAAGCCGGCCCAGCACCCCGGGGUACGGAGACUCUCCACCUGCCUCCACCCUCGGAAACCAGGCCUCAGAGAUGGGUACCGCAAACUCGGGAGAGAUUUCAGAUGAGAAGCCUUACAUCUGCAGCCCUUGUGAUUUUGUCACCUCGGAUCUGCAGGCCUAUUUGACCCAUGAUCGUGUCAAACACCCGGCUGCCCCCCGAGCUAGACCCGGCCCCCUUCCCAGCCCCAGCUCGGACAGAGGCACGCCGGGUGGGUAUCCUAAACUGAAGAGAGCUCUUCUACAGGGGCUGAGCAACUCUGCAGCCCCCCCUGCUUACCUUUCGUCUCGAUCCUCCCCGCCCAAUCCCAACCUGACGCCUGUGGAUCUGUGCGUGAGGGCUGAGGGCUGCAGGGCCGUAGCCUCCCUGACCCAGGACAGUCAGAGCCUCCCCAGCCACAAGUGCUCCUUCUGCUCCCACUCUACCCGCUACCCGGAGGUGCUCUGGAUGCACCAGACGGUGGCUCACCGCAUCAACAGCAGCAGCUCCAACCUCGCUCCAAAAUGGGCCCUGAAAAGCAGCUCUAAGGGCUCCAGGGACAACUUGCUGGCCUCAAAGAGACGCACCGGUCCCCCGCCGGUCCUGGAGGGGAAGGAAUGCCCGCCGCUGCCUCCACUGGUGCGCGCCCAACGUACCCAGCCCCCAAACAACUCCAGCGACGUUCCGAAGAAGAGUAGGCCAGCCAGUCAGGCAGCCAUGCCAUCAUCGUCAGCCUCCUCUACCCCUCCCUCCUCGUUGUCCAGGGGAUCCCCAUCCACCUCGGGCACCCAGGCUGGGAGAGUCCCAGUCCGGCCAGCCAGCAGCAGCAGCAGCAGCAGCAGCAACAGCAGCAGCAGCAAAGUCCGGCACAAGGGGGACCAGAGUCAUUCGUCCCGCCUGAAACCCAAAACGGAUUCGUACCCUCGCGGAGGCUCAUCGUCCUCCUCCAGCUCCCGGGAGAAGAGCACAGGCGCCGCCGCCCGUUCCUCUGCCCCGAGCCCCAGCUCCGCCACCGCGCCCCGGAUUGCUGACCACUACUUGAUGCCUCAAGAGGGCCUCGGCUUCAUGCUGUCCAGCAAACACGGCCUGGCGGAGUACAGCAGAGCGAGGGGUUCCCCUCAUCAGCCGCUCAUCAGCGCCCACGGCCAGAGCCGGGCCAACGCCACGAGGCCCAGCGCCAUCAGCCAUAGCGCCACAGCGGGACCCAACCACGGGGCGUCCCAGGCACACGGAGGCAGCCUGCUGACUUCUUCCUCUUCCUCCUCCUCCUCUUCCUCCUCCUCCUCCUCCUCCUCUACGUCUUUGCCUACAGAGGCGCGUGGAGAUGUGAAGCAGGAGCCGAUGGCGGAGACACCAGAGAUGCCAACCGACAUCAUCGGCUUCCUCAAAAACUACAACCCCCAUGAGCUGGCUGCCCUGUACCACCGCUGGGGUGCAGCCAACGCACUGAUGGACCCCACUGGGAUGCUGAGGUCCCUGAUGCGGCAGGGACAGUAUUUCUGCCAUGAGUGCGGGAAGAGUUUCAGUCAGCCCAGCCAUCUGCGUACGCACAUGAGAUCCCAUACAGGGGAGAGGCCAUUCUGCUGCCAGCUCUGCCCAUACCGAGCAUCUCAGAAAGGGAACCUAAAGACGCACGUCCAGAGUGUCCACCAUAUGCCUUUUGACAACAGCCAGUACCCAGACACGAGGAGCUUGUUACUGAGCCCGGAGGAGCCCGAACCGCUGGCUACCAAACGCCCACCGAUGCCACAACGCCAGUAGAGACCAUUUGAUAGACCUGGACCCGGACUGCACAUCCUGGAAACAUCAUCGGCCACUCCUGAAGGACCCCAGACUCACGAGGGACUUUUUGAGCCACUCCUCUUUUACCCGUCAUCCUUUAAAUGCCCUUAGAAGAAUUUUCUACAAUGAAGGCUCUUGUAGUUUUAUGAUUUUCAUUUUAAUAAGAAGCUAGAUAAAGCAGUGCUAGGCGAUUUUAAAACAACUAUUUCUUGGCUGCGGCAGAGAAGAGUGUCUUAUUUACUAACAGGAAACAUUUCUGGUGAAAUUUUGAAUGUGGAAAUGUAGGAGUCGGGUGUCCACAUUGGUGAAGAGUGAAAUAUAAAGAGUCUCAGCGCGAAAGCUGAUUGAUAUUUUGCUUGUUUAGUUUGAAGGUUGGCAAAAUGAAGCAUAUUGUGUGUAGUUUACAUCUCCUUAAAGGAUAACAUUCAAAGAGUUACCUCUUGCUGCCAUUUCGGAGGUACCGACUCGUGAAGUUGCCUGCUGCAACUUUACGAGAAAAGCAAAGAAAAGCUGAACUGGAUCGGAACUGCUAGCGUUUUAAUCAAGGAGUGUUUCGUUGCCUCCCUCUUCCCUUCAUUUUUGUUUUUCUUUUGCUCAGCUUUAUUGUAUAAGAGUUGUGUGUAUUGCUCAGGACUCCAAUCAUCACAGAGAUGAGAGACAAGAUGCUUCUUCAGAGUUUGUUUUUCCUCUGGGUUCAUGAAGAUGAAAACGUGCAUUGGUCUGUGUGUGUGUGUGUGUGUGUGUGUGUGUGUGUGUUUGCAUGCACAUGUGUGUUAAACUCACUUCCCUCCACUCCGGAGUGAGACGUUAGGAGUGCAAAGACCACUCUGAGGCUGUGUAGUUGAUGAUUAGAGGGACAGAGACGGAGUUAGACGGAGGUUGGAUUAAAGAGAGAGAUGGGGAGAGGGAACGCUAAUGGGGGUGUCUGCUUUAGUGCUCAUUAAAACGAGUGUGCGUUUUUAAUAGCCUAUAUAAAUGAGCGCACCGUUUUUAUGGUCAUUCAAUUAUGGUCAAUUUAAGAGGAAGGGACUUAGUGGAGGCAGUUUUCCUCCAUAACUCCAUCGCGUUAAGGAGUGUUUCCGACACUUUUGACUUUGAGUUUGACUGACUUCAGAACAGCGGCGGCGUCGGGAAGACGCUGGCUCAGCUGUGAAUCGCACGGAUUGAACUCCAACCCGUGCCCUCGCAGAAGAGAAUAUGGUACUGCAAAUGUUAACCAGCAAAGAUGCAUCUUUUUUUCUGGCUAAAAGGGCUACACGGACUAUUUGGCUUCUUUGUUCUUGUGUGAUGAACGGUUCGAUAACACAACCAACCCGAUCGCCGGGUUGAAGAACGGUUGUCAGCAGAAAAUUUAACCUCGGCACCAAUGCAACCUUCAACAACAAGCUUCUUUGACGCAGAUUUAGCUUGAUUAUCUGUACCGUUUCUAAUCUUGUAAAAUAGUUAAAAUAGUCAAAAGCUAAAUUUGCUGGAGCCUCCGAAAAUGACACAAAUUAAACAAUUUGAGAGUGGAAAUUCAGUCUUUGUGCUAAGCUAACCUAAGCUGUAUUUAGUGAAGACACGUGAGAGUGCUAUCAAUCAUCCCGUUUAAAUCUGUCAUCUUAUUUCCCUAAAUGUCCAAAACGCUUCCUUUAAAUCUGGAGAGCGGUUGAGCAUUGAAGCACUCUAAUGAGCCAGACUCCCACACCGUGUGAAGAUUUGCAUUCUGGGAGGAAAGAGUGAGGAGGUCGGCGAGACAGAGAGCAGCCAGGAGGUCAGGAGGUCAGGAGGUCAGGUUUCCAGAGAGUCCAGGUAUGAUCAGACGAGAUGGAGACGUUUUGAAGCCUAUUGAAUCGUCGAGCCUUUACACAGGUGAAAUAUUGUGCAUUUAACUGUGAGUAUGUGCAUUAUUUUUAAACCCCUAACUCCUGUGUUCUCCAGCCUCCCUCUUCCUCCUUCGCAGUGAAAGCCUUGUUUUUGAGUUCAUGUUUUUGAGUUACUGUCCUGGCCUCGGGGUUUCUCUCCUCCGCUUGGCGCGUAGGGGAAAAGAGGAAAAGCAGCUCAGACCUACAGAGCAAGAAGAAAAAAUGUUUUUACGCAUAAAAUCCAAAUUUCAAAAGAGUUUAAUAUUAUUUCGAGACCUCAGCAGUUUUCGCCCGACGACGAUGAUGAUGAUGAUGAUGAUGAAAUUGUUGCUUUACCAGUAGGUUGUUGAGUUAUGCAUACAACGCUGUGUGCUUGAAUAUCCCUAACGAUACACAAAUGUGUAUAUUGAAGGUGUGGAUAGUGAAAAUACUUGAAACGGAUACUCUAGCCUUCGAGGUAGUGUAGUACUAAUACCAAUGUUGUACAGAAUUCCCUUUAAGAUUAACUCCUCAGUUAUGAAUUUGUACUCCGAAGUGUGACUUAGAAAAACUAUGAAGUGUAUAUAUAUAUAAACGGUAUAUCUGUAAUUCACUCUUACCAAACCCUUAUAUACAGCAGUAGAAACCAAAUGGCAUUACUAGUGCACUUAGACUAGGUUACUGCUUUAACCAUUCUCAACUUUGUUCAACGCUAGCUAAGGUUUCUUUGAGUGUCUUUUCAAUGGUGCCGGCUAACACGCUUCACGUCAUCUCUGCCUGCGAGGCUUUUUCUUCGGAUGAUUCCACAGAUACGAAUGACAAAUGAUUUGACAGCCGCGCGGCGUCUUAGCUUUGUUUGCUCAUUGGAGGUUUGAUAACGCUCUAGGUGCAGCACCGCUGCAUUUUCUUACAAAAGAUGUAAAAGUGUGUUUUUUUUGUCUUUCUCUUUGCUAAACUGUAGGAUUUGUUCAGUAGCUAGUUGUUGCUGCUCUCCCUACGAGGGGCCUGCAGCUGUUGUUCUUUUCUUUCGGUUGGUUGGUUUUCAUCACGCCUUCUAAGUUGUAUCAUUUGUGUCCGUAUUGCUUUUUUUAAUUGUUGUGAACUUCAUGAUUAAUUUACCUUAGACGACAUUAUUAUUCCAAAUGUAUUUGGUUGGUAUCUGUAUUUAUUAUCACUUCAAAAAGGAUUAGAGGACAGAGGCAGACGGGUGCGUUUGUUUAAUUUGAUGUUCCUGGGUUGUUUUUGUUUUUAUACUGUGUAGUUUUCAUGCCAGCAACCGAUGUGAAAGCUCUACCUCGUCUGAGCCAUUCUCAGUUCUGUUGUACACACUUUUGUACAUCAUUUCAAAAAGAUGUAAUGUCAUGUCCACAAUAAAGACACACAAAAUGGCA